ACCGUAAAGGGUAUGUCCAAACGACACCGUUUACCUACCCGAGUCUUGGCCUGGUCUGGUACGGUCAUCUCCGUUUAUACAUACACGAAAAAUCUCUCGCAUCUGUGCCCCCGCUUUUUUCUGAAUCUUUCACUUCAACUUCUCAAACCGGCUCAAACUCUCUCUCUCUCUCUCCACUCUCCAAAGAAAGUAUGGCAUCCAACAGGGGUCAAGGUGGAAUUCAGCAAUUGUUGGCUGCAGAACAAGAAGCUCAACACAUUGUCAAUGCUGCCAGAAGUGCAAAAAUGGCUAGAUUGAAACAAGCUAAAGAUGAGGCUGCAAAGGAGAUUGCUGAAUACCGUGCCCAAAUGGAGCUUGAGUUCCAGAAGAAAGUUGCAGCGAGCAGUGGAGAUUCAGGGGCUAAUGUGAAGCGUCUGGAACUUGAAACCGAGCAGAAGAUCAAGCACCUCUCGACAGAGGCUGCAAGGAUUUCAAGUGAUGUUGUGCAAAUGCUUCUGAAGCAGGUGACGACGGUGAAGAAUUAAUCCCAUUGAUCGCACAAGUGUAAUUCCAGACUCUUGCAAGUAUUUUAUUCUUUUUGCCUGAUUCAUCCUGGUCUUUAGACUUGUGGCGUUGUGGUUGUUGCUAUCCGGGGAAUUGGUUAUUUUAGUAUGUUGUGGAUCACUUUGUUCAGCAAAUAAGCUUAUAAUAUGUAUCAUGUUCAGAAAACAAUAAUGUUGCAGAAAUUGUUGGGCCUCGAGGAGUGAAAUCCAAUGUUUACAAUUGUUAGUGGAAUUCUAUGUUAUUAUUU